AUGGAAGAAAUCCUGAGCAUGAACCCACGCCCAGACUUUGUGGAAGUGAUCACAUGGAACGAUGCUGGUGAGAGCCACUACAUCGGAAACAUCUGGGGCGAGGGGUACAACCCACAAGAACUCGCCUAUGGAAACGUGCAAGACUGGCCGCAUUUUGGCUGGCAAUCCCUGGUUGCAUCUUUCAUCGACGCGUUUAAAAGCGGGAAAGACUCAUCGUCGAUGUUUCCUGCAUCCGGCCAAAAGCCCGCCGGAGCGAUGUGGUACCGGACAUUUCCCAAGAACGCCUCAUGCUCCGAGGAUCCGAUGGGCAGACCGAAUGGUGCAGGUUCGGCGGUGGACUCAGUCAACUUUGCAGUAGCUGUUCCCACUUCUGCUCAUGGUUACACACUUGUUGUUACGAGUGGUACGACGAAGCUUCAGACGUUUACCUUGCAGCCUGGACUAAACUAUGCCGCCGUGCCGGGUUUGAACAUGGGGACACAACGCGCGGAUAUAUACGCCCCCAACUCCAACACGCCAGCGCUUUCAGCUGCUGGAGGUCAUGCGGUCACGUCUGAGCCCAGUCUCCCUUCCAACAUCUGCAACUUCAACUUUCAGGUCGUUCCUUUCACCUGA